AUGACGGUCCACAAACUCAUUGUGCUGGUGGUGGAGGAGGUGGAGGUGGCGGCGGAGGAGGGGGUGGGGGUGGAGAUGGAGGUGAGGGGGGUGGUGGAGAUGGCUGUUAAGGAACAGGUGAAGGUGGAGGUGGAGGUGGUGGAGGUGAAGGGGGUGGUGGAGAUGGCUGUGAAGGAACAGGUGAAGGGGGAGGUGGAGGAGGUGGAGGUGAAGGGGGUGGUGGAGACGGUUGCGAAGGAACAGGUGAAGGGGGAGGUGGAGGUGGUGGAGGUGAAGGGGGUGGUGGAGAUGGCUGUGAAGGAACAGGUGAAGGUGGAGGUGGAGGAGGUGGAGGUGAAGGGGGUGGUGGAGACGGUUGCGAAGGAACAGGUGAAGGGGGAGGUGGAGGUGGUGGAGGUGAAGGGGGUGGUGGAGAUGGCUGUGAAGGAACAGGUGAAGGGGGAGGUGGAGGAGGUGGAGGUGAAGGGGGUGGUGGAGACGGUUGCGAAGGAACAGGUGAAGGGGGGGGUGGAGGAGGUGCUGGGACUGGAGCAGGGCCUGGUGCAGGCACAGGUGCAGGGCUGGGAGCAGGCACCGGGGCAGGGCUGGGUGCCAGACCAGACAUGGGUGCCGGCACGGGGGCAGGGCUGGGAGCAGGCACGGGAGCAGGGCUGGGAGCGGGCACGGGAGCAGGGCUGGGAGCAGGCACGGGGGCAGGGCUGGGAGCAGGCACGGGGGCAGGGCUGGGAGCAGGCACGGGGGCAGGGAUGGGAGCAGGCACGGGGGCAGGGAUGGGAGCAGGCACGGGGGCAGGGCUGGGAGCAGGCACGGGGGCAGGGCUGGGAGCAGGCACGGGUGCAGGGCUGGGAGCAGGCACAGGGGCAGGGCUGGGAGCAAGCACGGGGGCAGGGCUGGGUGCUGAAACUGGCGCCUGAGUCACAUUGCCAGCGCAUGAACCACUGGGUCCUUUCGGUCCCGUUUUGA